AUGACACUCCAUCUCUCGGUUGUUGCGUUCGCAGUGCAAGCACUGUGCUUGCAACUGGCCACCCCGGGCGUACUGGCAAAAACGGGCGACACCGUAUUUGACUAUGUCGUUGUAGGGGGUGGGAAUGCUGGCCUGACUGUGGCAUCUCGACUCUCCGAGGACCCAGCUGUGCAAGUCGCUGUCAUAGAGGCCGGCGACUUCUACGAGAUUGCUACGGGUAAUCAAAGCCAGAUCCCUGCCAACGAUGCUCUGUAUAAUGGCAAGUCUUCAAACGCUACCAACCCUCUGGUUGAAUGGGGGUUUAUGACAACCCCCCAGGCUGGCGUCAAUGGCCAGAGUGUGCACUAUGGACGAGGUAAAGCGCUCGGUGGCUGUACCGCCCUGAACUACAUGGCCUACCAACGCCCCACGGUGGGUGCAUUGGAGCGAUGGGCAGAGACAGUCGGCGAUGACUCGUGGACCUUUGAUAGUGUCCUUUCCUAUUACAAGCGAAGCCUCAACUUCACUCCACCGGAUAUGCACAAGCGAAUUGCCAAUGCCACCCCAAGUUACGACAUGCCGACGCUGGGAACCGACGGCCCGUUGGCGUUGACCUACCCUAACUACGCUCAGCCCUUCAGCACAUGGCUAGCCAAAGGCAUGGAAGAGGCCGGUAUUCCGAAUAUUCCCGGAUUUACCAGCGGCCACCUGAACGGCUCCGGCUGGCUGGUCCAUACCAUCGAUCAGACCACUGGAUUCAGGGAGUCGUCUGAAGUGGCAUUCCUGACACCAUUUAUCAGGCGUCCGAAUCUGGCCCUCUACAAAAAGACGCUUGCUGAGAAAAUCCUGUUCCGCAACAACACUGCCACCGGUGUCCGAGUGGCUUCCGCGAAUAAUACCUUCGUCCUAUCAGCGCGACGAGAGGUAAUUGUAUCGGCUGGCACCUUCCAGUCUCCACAGCUCCUCUUGGUGUCCGGCGUAGGCCCUGCGGACCUCCUGAAGGCGCAUGAUAUUAAAGUCGUCGCCAACCGCCCCGGUGUGGGGCAAAAUAUGAAUGACCAUGUAUUUUUUGGCCUUGCGCACAAGGUUAACGUCCAGACUUCAACCUCCCUCUCCAACCCGGCGGUAUAUGCGGAAGCAGUCCAACAGUUUCGAAACGAGCAGGAUGGUCCGCUAGCAAGCCCCGGGGGAGACUAUGCCGCGUUCGAAAGGGUUCCUGACGAGCUGCGCGCGAAUUUCUCACAGAGUACAGGCCACGACGUUGGUAGCCUCCCCUCUGACUGGCCCGAGAUCCAGUACUUUUCUCUUCCGGCCUACGUGGGGGAUUUCUGGAACCCUGGCGCCGGCGGCCCGACGGACGGCAACUACGCCACGAUCAUGGCCACGCUCGUGGCGCCCAUGUCUCGAGGAAACGUCUCCAUCUCCUCCUCAAGCAUGCAUGACGCGCCCCUGAUCAACCCAAACUGGCUGACUGAGAAGACUGACGUUGAAGUCGCCAUCGCUGCCUUUAAGCGAGUACGCCAGAUCUUCGGGACCAAUGUCCUGCAGAAAAACCUGACGGUUGGAUCUGAGUAUUACCCAGGCAAUAAGGUGUCCACCGACGACGAGAUCUACAGAUUCAUUCAAGCUGCUUUUCAGACCAUGUACCAUGCUUCUUCGACAUGCAAGAUGGGCAAGCACGAUGAUGAGAUGGCUGUUGUGGACUCCCGUGGCCAUGUCUAUGGAACCCGGCAUUUGCGUGUUGUGGACGCCUCUGUGUUCCCUUUCCUCCCACCAGCUCUUCCUCAGGGUACAGUUUACAUGGUGGCAGAGAAGAUCGCCGACGACAUCAAGAGUCGGCGGUAG